AUGCCUCUGCAGGAGGAGACCCUCCGGGAAGUGUGGGCCUCAGACAGUGGCCAUGAAGAGGACUGGCUGAGCCCGGAACCGCAGCAGCGCCCCAAGCAGCGACCCACCCAGGGACAGAAAUUGAGGAAAAAGAAGUCUGAGACCCCGGAGUCUCAGGGAUCCAAGCCCCGCAAAGCUGGAGCUGGGCGCAAGAAGCUCGAGGGGCCGCCCGCAGACCCCGCAGAGGCGCGCGCUGUGCCUACAGUCUACGCCAAGUUCCUUCGGGACCCCGAGGCCAAGAAGCGGGAUCCCCAGGAAACCUUCCUGGUCGCCCGCGCCCCAGAUGUGGGAGGCGUGGAGGAUUUGGAGGAGGAUUCCGAUGACGAUGAUGAAGAGGAUGAGGAAGAGGGGGGAAAAGAGAAAAGCUCUCUGUCCCCCAGGAGACCACCCAAGGGAAGAGAGAAGAAAGCCAAAGCCCUAGACCAGCGGGGGGACCUAGGAAGCCCUGAAGCCCCCCGAAAACCAUCCCACACCAAGAAGAAGGAGGCAGGGGAGGGAACCAAGCUGAAAAAGGCAAAGAAGAAAGGGGCUGGGGAGGCUGACAAGGACCCCUCGAGAAGUCCAGCAGCCCUGAGGAAGAAGACUCCAGCAGCCAUGUUCCUAGUUGGGGAAGGUGGCCCGGCUGAAAAGGACGUGAAGAAGAAAGGGCCAGCCAAAGGCUCAGAGGAAGAGAAGAAGGAGGAAGAGGAGGAGGAAGAGGAGGAGUCUUCAGCCAUGAAGAAUAGCAACCAGAAGGGCCGAGCGAAAGGGAAAGGCAGAAAGAAAGUUAAGGAGAACAGGGCUUCGUCUCCCCCCUUGGAAGUGGGUGAACCUCGGGAGUUUGUGCUACAGCCAGCGCCCCAGGGCAGGGCAGUGCGCUGCCGGCUGACACGGGACAAGAAGGGCAUGGACCGUGGCAUGUACCCAUCGUACUUCCUACACUUGGACACAGAGAAGAAGGUGUUCCUCUUGGCCAGCAGGAAACGCAAGCGCAGUAAGACAGCCAACUACCUCAUCUCCAGGGACCCUACCAACUUGUCCAGGGGAGGGGAGGACUUCAUCGGAAAGCUGAGGUCCAAUCUCCUGGGCAACCGCUUCACAGUCUUUGACAACGGGCAAAACCCGCAGCGCAGCGGUGGUGUGGACGUGGGGAGCCUGCGCCAGGAGCUGGCAGCUGUUAUCUAUGAAACCAAUGUUUUAGGGUUCCGGGGACCCCGUCGCAUGACUGUCAUCAUCCCUGGGAUGAACUCGGACAAUGAGAGGGUCCCUAUCCGGCCCCGAAAUGCCAGCGAUGGACUGCUGGUGCGCUGGCAGAACAAGACGCUGGAGAGCCUCAUCGAACUACAUAACAAGCCGCCCAUCUGGAACGAAGACAGUGGCUCCUACACCCUCAACUUCCAGGGCCGGGUCACCCAGGCCUCCGUCAAGAACUUUCAGAUUGUGCAUGCUGAUGACCCCGACUAUAUAGUGCUCCAGUUCGGCCGCAUAGCCGAGGAUGCCUUCACUCUGGACUACCGGUACCCGCUGUGCGCCCUGCAGGCCUUCGCCAUCGCCCUUUCCAGCUUCGACGGGAAGCUGGCCUGCGAGUGACCCCACAACCCCUCGGCGCUGGGAAAACACUCAGCUGGGGGUGAUAGGGUCCCUCCCCCACAGCCCGCGCACCCCUAGCCUGGCACCGGCCAGGCGAAGGAGCUCUGACUGGGAUGGAGAUGAACAUCUGGUCGCAGAAAAGCAAUGCCUGCCUCGCCCCCUCCUCCCCAGCCACUUCCUGCUCGGGAGCCCGAGUCAGACGUUCGAGGCCCCUCCAGGACUUAACUGGGGGAAACGGAGAAGCAGGGUCCGAGACCCACAUUCUCAAUAAAGUUACA